ACGACAAAUGACAUAACUGAGGCCAUCUCUCUCUCUCUUCACUUACAGGCUACAGCUCACUAAUAGAAAGCACCGGCUCUUUUACUUGAACAGCUUUUUCUGGACCAGUGAUUCCAUUGCAAUGUGUUAUUUACUUAUUUUUCGCUCGUAGUACGUGUUGCUACUUUCUUUUUCGUUCGGAAUCUUCUUCAUCACUAGUUUUGUUUUCUCAGAAACCAAACAUGGUCCACCUUUGUUUUCUGUUGGACGUCUUUUUUCAUAGGGUUUUGUUCGGAGCAACUUGAUAUCUGGUUGGUGGUGAAGGUUUUAGUUUUGAACUUCUAAUCCCAGCAGAAUGUUUGGUUUCUCUCGUAGACGCAUGAAGCUUGGAAGAGUGAAGAAAGUACAACUCUCGGAUCCGACACUUGUAACUCGAAGUCCUGCUAGACCCCAGAAACGAGUUAACAAUCCCAAUAGUGAAGGUGUUAACCCUCCAAUUACUCAUUCUGAUGAGCUUGAUUGUCAAUGCUCAUCCGCUCCACCUGAGAUUAAUAACUCAACAUCAGGGAACUCUGAGAACUGGAUGGUACUGUCUAUAUCUGGGGACAAACCAACCCCUCGUUUCAAUCAUGCUGCAACUGUGAUUGGUAACAAGAUGAUUGUGGUUGGUGGUGAGUCUGGAAGUGAAUCAUUAGAUGAUGUACAGGUGCUUAAUUUUGAUCAAUUUACCUGGACUGCAAUUUCAUCGAAGCUUUACUUGUCGCCAAGCAGCUUGCCAUUAAAGAUUCCAGCAUGCAAGGGCCACAGUCUGGUUUCAUGGGGGAAGAAGGCUCUUCUAAUUGGAGGAAAAAUGGAUCCCGCGAGUGAUAGAAUUUCAGUGUGGGCAUUUGACAUGGAAACAGAGUGUUGGUCACCUUUGGAAGCAAAGGGAGAUGUGCCGGUUGCUCGCAGUGGUCAUACAGUAGUCAGGGCUAGCUCUGUUUUAAUUUUAUUUGGGGGUGAAGAUGCUAAAAGGAGAAAACUAAAUGAUCUACAUAUGUUUGAUCUGAAGUCUUUAACAUGGCUCCCUUUACAUUGCACAGGAACUGGACCAUCUCCAAGAUCCAACCAUGUGGCUGCUCUUUGUGAUGAUAAAAUGCUACUUAUAUUUGGAGGAGCAUCAAAGUCAAGGACUUUGAAUGACUUAUAUUCACUUGACUUUGAAACGAUGGUUUGGUCAAGAAUAAAGAAACGAGGUUUCCAUCCAUCUCCUAGGGCUGGUUGCUGUGGAGUUCUAUGUGGAACUAAAUGGUACAUAGCAGGAGGGGGUAGCAGAAAAAAAAGACACUCAGAAACUUUGGUUUUCGAUAUUGUGAAAUUGGAGUGGUCUGUGGCUUUUGCAUCACCUGCUUCUUCUAUAACGACAAACAAGGGAUUUAGCUUAGUGCUUGUGCAACACAAGGAGAAGGAUUUUCUUGUUGCAUUUGGAGGAUCUAAAAAGGAGUCAACGAAUCAGGUUGAAGUUAUGGGCAUGGAUAAGAAUGAAUCAUCCAUGAGUCGACAAUCUGCUGCUAGUAAACAUGCUGGCCCUAUGUUGUUUGGAAAACGGUCAUCUUCCAGGGAUCUGGCUGCACAACUUACUGCUGGUUCUUCCCAGCGUUCAGUUGAAUCCCUUGCAAGACAAAAUGUGGCAUCUGCAGUUGAGCAUCAUGGUUCUGGUAGAAAAUCUUUGUCAGAGACGCUCGUUGAUCCCAAUUCUGUUUCUGGCAAUGUCUCACUGCGCAAGCAAUUUCAUGAGGAAGAACAUAGCACGGCUGUUAAGAUGGCAAAGAAUUCAGAAGAUGGAACUUUUUCAUCUUUGGCACACCGAAUAAAUCAAUCUGAUAUGUCAAUUCAGACUAACUUAUCUAUAGGUAAAAUUAUUGCGGAGGAGAAUCCUUGUGUAUUUGAAUCUGAAAAUUUGAACUCCCAAAACCAAGGAAUUGGAAACCAUCUAGUUGAUAAUGAGGAUGUUUUAGUACCACAAACUGAUGGUAUGACAGGAGGGGCCCAUUCAAGCAUAUAUCAAUUAUAUGAAACAAAAAUAGCUGCUCUAAUAAGAAAGAAUGGAGUUCUAGAAGGACAACUAGCUGCAGCAUCGUCAAGUCGAGAAGCUGCAGAGAAAAAUCUAUCCUCUGUUCUGAAGAGUAAACAAGAAGUGGAGAAAAAGCUGGCAGACACGCUAAGGGAAAUGGAGUUGCUAAAAGAGCAGCUAGCUGGUGUAGAGGUAGCCCAAGAAGAGGCCAACAACUUGUCAAAUAUUGUCCAUUCUGAUAAUGUAAGGCUUGAGCAUGAUGUGGCUUUCCUUAAGGCGGUUUUGGAUGAUACGCAGAAGGAGCUACAUUCUACUAGGGGAGUCCUUGCAGGGGAAAGGGCUAGAGCAUUCCAACUACAGGUUGAAGUUUUUCAUCUCAAACAAAGAUUGCAAUCUAUGGAAAAUCGAGUUCCCACCCCUAGAAAACCAUUCAAUGUCUAGCAAGGGAAAAAAUAUAUGGCAGGCAACAAAAUGCUGUACGAUAAUCAAUAUUAUAGGAACUGUCUGAAUCACUGCCAUCCAGCUGAUGAAACCUGUACCAAGCUGCUGACCAUUUGGAUGACCUUUAUUUUGAUGCAAGUCAUGCUGCUGUACGUGUAAUGGAGAACUGUUUUCGUGCAAUAUUAACCUGUAUAUAUGUUACAUUUUCAUGAUUACUGUUGAUGAAUACUUCUUAUUCUUUAAAAUCUGGAAAAAAAAAAAAUCAUCCCGACUGGUCCACAUAUUUCACGAUGUGUGAAAUUUAAGUUAUUUAUA